AUCCAAGGCAUGUGUCACAAUUGUUGGAUGUACCCAAAGGACAUCAGCAACCUGCUUACUCCAGAUUCCACCGUGCUGAGAUUUAAAAGAAGGCACCGGAGUGAACAUCACAGUUCAGGUCACAGACAAAGCUUCCAGGAAGGGCUUACCGUCCGAUGAUGGACAAGCCAAAGAUUCAUAUUUUCCUUGGGGCCCCGACCCUCAACACUGCCCCUAACGGCGAGCCUGCCUGCGGGCAGUGGGAGACUCUGGACCUGUGUUUGAUGGGCGAGAGGCUGAGGCCUAGGGGGAACGAGCGUGGCGAUCAGGGAAGUGACAUCACCACCGUGGACGGGCUCUCAGACCAGCAGGGUCAGACUGACGCAGCCGACCCGGCCAAUGAAGACCGGGACAGACUGAACUUUGACCUGGACGCUGUUCCGGCAGAGACGGACGGCCCUGUUUGUGUGAACGAGGGGGGGCGUGAGCGCGUUUCUGAGUCUGACCGUGACCCGGAGGACAGAAGGCCCUCGCAGAAGAAGCGGAGCGCCAGCGACGAGCCGGACCUGCGGCCCGAGGCAGUGAGGGCGUACCUGGACAGCUGCUUCCUGCCCGCUCGGCCCGGGACGGGAGGGGAGGCCCCGCCCCGCCUGUCUCUGGAGGCGGAGUUUCUCAGCGCCUGGACCACCAGUCAGGCGCUGUUGCUGAAGGGGAGGCGGGGCCUGCAGGCAGGGUCCAGCCCGCAGGCCGGGGGGGGCCCCCGUACCCCCCAGACCAGCCCCCCUCCAGGGUCGGGGAGCUCCCCGGAGCUGUACACCCCCACCAGCAGCCCCAGGGGGGCACAGGAGGGCUCUCAGGAGCUCUUCCACACCCUCAGCCAGAGGCAAGAGGAGGGCGGGGUGGUGCUGGAAGCCAUGCCCGAGGGGGUGCUCUGUUCCCAGGGCAGCCCCAGCACCAGCAGGGGCCCUGCAGAGGAGACCAGCCCCAAACCAGGGCCCUCCUUACGGACCUCCCCCACCUCCCCCUCCGCUAAGAAGAGCAGGGUGUCCCCCACGGGGGCACAGACAGGGACAGGGCGCCCCUGUGUCCCCCCCCAGGCCGGACCCACCACCCUCCUCACCAGGUGCGUCGCCAGGGGAGUGCGUUACUCCGUCCUGGUUGCCGUGGUGUACCCCUGCUACCUGAAGGAGAUCAAAGUGAAGUCCGGAACCUGGGCGGGCUCCACCGUUCCCCUGGCGACCAUUGUGGUCACCGACCAAUCGGGAGUCGAUAUGAAGGUUGUCCUGUGGAGGACUGCGGCAUUCUGGGCCUUGACGGUGUACCCGGGAGAUUUGCUGCUUAUUACAGGCCUGACACUGAAUGAAGACAAGUGGAGAGGAGAGAUGGUGCUGCAGUCAUCCUACGUCAGCAGGCUGCUCAACCUGGGCCAACUCACUACCAGCCUCCCUCCACCAGUCCCACAGAAUGUGAAUGGCCGUGCAGUGAAGGAGCUGUGGGCUCAUCUGUGUAAGAAGCGCCCCCUGCUGGUGUCUCUCCCUCGGCGCGUGCUCCAGGACCCUCGCACCAUCCCGCACGCCCGCCUCAGAGUCCUGCAGCCCGACACGCUGGUGCACGCCCUGCUGAGGGUCACAGGGACCGCCACGGUCACAGCCUGGCGGGACGAGGCGGCGAGCUGCUCCAGGACAGGGGGGGUGCAGAAGGCCAUGCUGAGCGUGGAGCAGGGGGACGGCCACCAGGGGGCGCUGGUGCUGUGGGGCUCGGCCAUGGCCUGGGUGCAGAGGAUCCGCAGGAACCAAGGUGCAGUGUGGGAGUUCCGGGUCCUCCUGGUGAAGCGGAACGCGGCCACGGAGCGCCUGGAGCUGCACUCCACUCCGUGGGGGUCCUGCGAGCCCCUCUUCCCCGAUGACCGGAGGGCCGUGGAGUUCCACAGCUGGGCCCGUCCCAAACCUCCGCCCGCCAGCGUCGAGAUAGACCUGCACACGCUCCUGUCUCAGAAGUACUCAGGUGACGUGGAGUUCAAAGGGCAGAUUGUGGCCUUCCAGUUCCAAGGCACCUCCUCCCAGAAUGCCUCGCUCCUGAUGAACGAGGACACGCCCCUGCGGAAGAUUCUGGAAGUGGUUUCCGGUGACGUCACCUUCACCGGCUGUGGGCGGUGCGGUGCUGAGCUUGACACGGAUGACAACGGGAUUUACCGGCCCUGUUACCCCUGCCUGCCCCAAACCAGCGUCCGCUGCUACUACAGGCCAGCUGUGCUAACGGUGAGGGACAGGAGCAGCAAGGUCUGUGUCCUGGCUCCAUCUUCCCUCGUGCAGAAGAUUCUGCUCAACACUCCCCCGGACAAACUGAGCAAGACCGUGGCCCCCUCCUCCGACGUGCAGUUCACCCAGGUGGUGGCCAACAGGCUUCAGUCUCUGCUCUCCAUUCCCCGGGACAACUUCCUGCUGACCAUCUCCAGCCACUUCCUGUGCGACGAGAACAGCGUCCCCACCGCCCAGGACUUCCUUCUGCUGGACAUCCAAAGUUCGCUAAAUAACUAUCUUUCGGAAGCGUGCAUAACGAAAUACCUGUGCCUUAGCCAAGUGGCACACAGUAACGCAAGUGCGUCACUGGAGAACACUGCAGUGCUACAGUGCAGGGAACGAGGCCUUGUCUGGAACAUUGAGCUCAUGAUGGAUCUCACCUACCAGUACCUGACCCCACCGAUAAAGGCUGAGCCAUACGUACCAGAUAUCGCAAACGGGCCCUACAUGCAGAUCAUCGAGGAGCCCAAGCAGAGAGGAUUUCGAUUCCGUUAUGAGUGCGAGGGUCCCUCGCACGGGGGGCUCCCAGGAGCCUCGAGUGAGAAGAACAAGAAGACGUACCCCACGGUGAAGGUGUCUAACUAUGUGGGCCGGGUGCGUGUGGAGGUGCAGCUGGUGACACACACAGACCCCCCGCGCGUGCACGCCCACAGCCUGGUGGGCAAGCAGUGUAACGAGAACGGCACCUGCAGCAUGGACCUGGGCCCCAAUGACCUCACUGCACAGUUCAACAAUCUGGGCAUCCUCCAUGUAACAAAGAGAGGGGUGUUGAAGGUGUUGGCGAGGAGACUGAAAGAGGAGAAGAGAAAACUGAAAGGCUCCAAUCACAAUUUCACUGACGCAGAAGAGCAGGCCAUACAGACCGAAGCCAAGGAGCUGGGAAAGGUGAUGGACCUGAACGUGGUGAGGCUACGGUUCACUGCCUACCUCCAGGACGGCGACGGGGGCUUCACCCGGGCCUUGAAGCCCGCCAUCUCCGUCCCCAUCUUCGACAGCAAAUCACCAAACGCAUCCAAUCUCAAAAUCUCGCGCAUGGACAAGACCUGCGGCACCGUGAUGGGCGGAGACGAGAUCUUCCUGCUGUGCGACAAAGUGCAGAAAGACGACAUUGACAUCCGUUUUUACGAGGAGGACGAUUGUGGCUGGGAGGCCUACGGUGACUUCUCUCCCACAGACGUCCACAAGCAGUAUGCCAUCGUGUUUAAGACCCCGCAGUACCACAGCACGGAGAUCGAUCGCCCCGUCACCGUGUUCCUGCAGCUGAAACGGAGGAAGGGGGGAGACUGCAGCGAGCCCAAACAGUACACCUACGUACCCCAGGUCCUGGAUAAGGAGGAGGUGCAUCGUAAGAGACAGAAGCCCCUCCCCCACUCGUAUGACCACUGGCGUGGCCCACUGGGGGGCGCUGGAGGGCCAGGACGGGGCCAGGGUGGCUUUGGGGGAGCCGGAGGAGGAGGUGGUGUAGGAGGAGGUGGAGGAGGCAGCUUUAUCUACGGCCAGGGCAUGGACGGCGGGAACUUCCACAGAGGGUUCGGGGGCUUCAGUGGGGGCGGAGCGCAGAUGUCUGACUCGGCGCAGUCGCAGCCUCCGGCCAGCAGGGGGCCCCUCCAGCAGCAGCUCCUGCAGAUCGCCUCGUCUCUGCAGAGCAGGGCGACCCACAUGGCUCGCCAGACCGCGGGGGCGUUGCUGGACUACUGCAGCACAGGAGACGUGCGCAUCCUCCUGGCUGUGCAGAGACACCUGUGCGCGGUGCAGGACGAGAACGGAGACACGCCUCUGCACGUAGCCAUCAUCCAUCAGCAGCCUACGGUGGUGCAGCAGCUGGUCCAUGCCAUCAUCAACCUCCCCCAACAACGCAUCCUGAACACCCAGAACCACCUGAGCCAGACUCCUCUGCACCUGGCGGUGAUCACCAAGCAGCACAAGGUGGCGGACUUCCUCCUGAGGGCGGGGGCGGACCCCACGCUGGUGGACCGGGACGGGCGGUCGGUGGUGCACCUGGCAGCCACGCUGGGGGACGAGAGCAUGCUGAGGGUCCUCCUGUCCCACCUGGGGGAACGGCACGGACACCUGCUCAACACGCCCGACUACAACGGGCUGUACCCCCUGCACCUGGCCGUGCGGAGGGGCGGGGAGCACUCGCUGUGUGCGCUCGUGGAGGGCGGGGCCAAGAUCAACACCGCCGAGCUGAAGAGCGGCUGCACCCCCCUGCACCUGGCCGUGCGCGAGAACCUCUUCAAGGUGGCCUGCCUGCUCAUCACUGAGCUGAAGGCGGACGUGAACGCGAGCACGUUCGGGGGGAACACCCCUCUGCACCUGGCCGCCAGCCAGGGCUCGCCCACACUGUGUUCCAUGCUGGUGGCUGCAGGUGCCAAAAAACACCUGGAGAACGACGAGCCGCUCUCCAUGAGCUCCUCUUCCUCAGAGGAUGAUGAGGAGGUGGUGGAGAAGGAGGAGGAGGAGGAAAGGAAAGAGGAGGAAGAGUCGGCCGAGGAAGUGAAAGACGUACAGAUGCAAGCGGCCAAUCACCCGGCCUGCCCCUCCCCCCCGCCCCCGCCUGACAGAGCAGGGCCCAAUCACCCAGCCUGCCCCUCCCCCACGCCCCCGCCUGCCAGAGCACAGCCCAAUCCCCGAAAGAGACCGGCUGCAGGACACACCCCCUACGACCUGGCCAAGUGCCAAAAGGUGAGAGAUCUCCUAGACUGCAGACAGGACCCCUGGCCGAGUCGAGCUGCAGCCAAACCCAGCCAGAAACUGGAGGAAGUGAAGCACCAGAUGGACACUGAGACCCUGGAAAAGCUCUGCGGCAUCAUCAGUAAGAGCCAAGUCCCCUGGACGCAGCUGGCCGAGAAGCUGGGAAUGCGGACGCUGGCGCACCUGUACCAGGACUGCCCGUCGCCCUCCCAGAACCUUCUGGAGAACUACCAGCUGGGUGGAGGUCAGGUGGAGGGGCUGGUGGAGGCUCUGCAGCAUCUGGGUCUGAAUGAGGGGGUGAAGCUGCUGAAACAGACGGAACCCAGAGACAAGGCCCAGAACACAGACGGCACGGAGGACAGCGGCUUCGGCAGCCAACUAAUGGAGGAGCUGAGAGAAGGGGAGGCGGAGCAGCCCGUGCUGGCCGACCAAUGAGGGGAGGACCCCACCCGCCUGCGCGGGACGACCACACGGGGGCGCUCCUGUCCACCGCGAAACCUUCAGAGGGUGUGACCGCUCCCCACAGAGAUGUUUCCGGAUUCUUCUCUAACGACGGUCCCGACGACCACCCUGCAUAGCUGCAGCUACCAAGCAGCGUCGUAGCCAUAGCAACCCGCCAGUCGCCCUGGAGACAGCCCUUCAGUCCCCGCCGAGGUCUGGGGCUAGGACAGUGUCCCCAAAAUUCUGGUGCUGGUGUCAUUUGAAGCUCUGCCAAAGUUGGACCAUCCCUACCCCCGCCAAAUUAAAAAAAAAAUCUCUGUUCAAUUACGAUGCAUUGCAGAGGAUACGGAUUUCACACAGAAAGCAUGCACUUUUAUGGCUAAACCAAUCUGAACUGUUAUUUUACUAAUACUGUGUAUUCUUGUGUUCUUGUUUUUUGCUAAAUAUGUACAGCUUCAUGAAACCUUGUAUGGUGGCAACUGUUGUGUAUAGAGGUUCAGCUCUUCAGACAAUGGGUUAUAGUUUUAUUUACAAUAAAGUUGAAGCAAGUGUGUUGAGAAAUCGAA